AUGGCUCCUCCGGCAGCUGCCCUCGACUUUGUCGACUUCGUCAACGCUUCUCCUACGCCCUACCACGCCUGCGCUACCGCCGCCGCCCGUCUCGAGAAGGCCGGCUUCUCAAAGAUCAAGGAACGCGAUUCCUGGAACUCGGCGCUGCGCCCCGGCGGCAAGUACUACCUCACCCGCAAUGGCUCGUCCAUCGUCGCCUUCGCCAUCGGCAAGAAGUGGAAGCCCGGCAACCCGGUCGCCAUGAUCGGCGCCCACACCGACUCCCCGACCCUUCGCAUCAAGCCCGUCUCCAGGAAGAGCAACGUCGGCUUCUUGCAGGUCGGCGUCGAGACCUACGGCGGCGGCAUCUGGCACAGCUGGUUCGACCGCGACCUCAGCAUCGCCGGCCGCGUGCUCGUCAAGGACGCCGACGGCAACUUUGUCCAGAAGCUGAUCAAGGUCGACAAGCCGCUGCUGCGCAUCCCCACCCUGGCCAUCCACCUCGACCGGAGCUCCACCUUCGACCCGAACAAGGAGAACGAGCUGUUCCCCAUCGCCGGCCUGGCCACCGCCGAGCUGAACAAGGGCGCCCCGGCACAGCAGCCCGGCGCCGACGACGCCGAGGAAGAGGACUUCAAGCCUCUCAAGGCCAUGACGGAGCGCCACCAUCCUCAUAUCCUCGACGUCAUCGCGUCCCACGCCGACGUUGAGCCCGAGGCCGUCAUCGACUUCGAGCUGGUCCUUUACGAUGUGCAGAAGUCGUGCCUGGGCGGCCUCAACGACGAGUUCAUCUUCUCGGCCCGCCUCGACAACCUCAACAUGACGUACUGCUCCAUCGAGGGCCUCAUCGCCUCGGUCCGCGAGCCCGACGUCCUUGAAAACGAGACGACGAUCCGUCUCGUCACCUGCUUCGACCACGAGGAGAUCGGCUCCACCUCGGCCCACGGCGCCAACUCGAACCUCCUCCCCGCCGUCCUCCGCCGCCUCGCCUCGCUGCCGGGCAGCCGCGACACGGCGUCGGACGGAUCCUACGUGGCCGUCUCCCACGACGGCGACUACGAAUCGACGGCCUACGAGCAGACGCUCUCGCGCUCCUUCCUCGUGUCCGCCGACAUGGCGCACUCGGUGCACCCCAACUACGCCGGCAAGUACGAGUCGAGCCACCAGCCGGCCAUGAAUGGCGGCACCGUCAUCAAGGUCAACGCGAACCAGCGGUACGCGACCAACUCCCCGGGCAUCGUGCUGCUGCAGGAGUGCGCGCGUCUCGCCGGCGUGCCGCUGCAGCUGUUCGUCGUGCGCAACGACUCGCCCUGCGGCAGCACCAUCGGUCCCAUGCUCAGCGCCAAGCUCGGCGUCCGGACGCUGGACCUGGGCAACCCCCAGCUGAGCAUGCAUUCGAUCCGCGAGACGGGCGGCAGUGCCGACGUCGAGCACGCAAUCAAGUUGUUUGAGAGCUUCUACGAGCGGUUUGGCGAACUGGAGGAGAAGAUUCUCGUGGAUUAG